AUGCGGGUCGACGCCCGCGCGCGCGUCGCGGUCGUCCCGGCGCCGGCGACGCGGCGGGGCGGUGAGCGACGGGCGGACGCGCGACGGGGACGACGGGCGGUGACGCGAUCGACGACGCGGCGGGACGCGACGGAUGACGGCGACGGCGUGGACGUCGCGCGACGGAUCCCGAGCGCGGCGCUCGCGGUGGUCGGCGUGCUCGCGAGCGUUGGGUUGGCGUGUGAACCGAGCGGGGCGUACGAUGAGUCGUACGGGAAGCCGACGGUUGUGACGCAGCAAAAGCGAACGGCGACAAAGGCCAAAUCGACGGCGACGUUGAACGCGCCGACGGUGCAAGCGACGAAGAAGCGCGAGCAGGCGGCGUUGGCGGCGGCGAGACAGCGUGAAGUGGCGGCUAAGAAGCGCGAGCAAGACGCCGCGACGGCGGCGAGACAGCGCGAAGCAGCGGCGCGCAAGGCGGCGCAGGAGCGCACGUCCAAGGCGGCGGCGCAGCAACGCGAAGCGGCGGCGCGCAAGGCGGCACAGGAGCGAGCGUCCAAGGCGGCGGCGCAGCAGCGCGAAGCGGCAGCGCGCAAGACGGCGCCGACUGCG